CGGGCUUGUUUUCCCGGCAGAUGGCCGGGCGGGCGCCAGCCCCGUGCGGACGCGUGUCGGGUCCCGGAACUGGGGCGGCCCGAGGUGCGCGCGGGGCCGCUCGGACGCCCGGGCGCAGAGGCGAGUCCCCCUCCUCUUGGGUCCCGGCCUGGGCCCUGAGGGCUGUGACUUGGAGCGGCUGCGGCGUCCCGCGGGCAGACCUGUCGUUAUCAUCACCCGAAAACCCACAUUGGAGAAAAACAAUGUCGUGAUGUUUUGAAUCGAGGCAUGGGUUCCUUGGAUCUCAUCCAAAGUAUUGAAGAUGACCCCCUUCUGGACACCCAGCAUCUCCCACAUCACUCAUUACACGCUCAUUUUAGGCCCAGAUUCCACCCUCUUCCUACAGUCAUCAUUGCAAAUCUUCUCUUGUUGAUACAUAUUGUGUUUGUUAUUUUAGCAUUUUUAACAGGUGUGCUUUGUUCUUACCCCAAUCCAAUUGAGGACAAGUGCCCAGGAAACUAUACCAACCCAUUGAAAGUUCAGACAGUCAUAAUCCUCGGAAAAGUUAUUUUGUGGAUUCUGCAUUUCCUCCUUGAACGAUACAUCCAGUAUCACCACAGCAAAGUAAGAAACCGAGGCUAUAACAAGAUCUACCGGUCAACAAGGCAUCUUAAAAGCCUUGCGCUGAUGAUACAUUCCACUGGCAGCACGGCGCUCCUCCUCCUGCUCUGCCUGCAGCACUCCUUCCCCGAGCCCAGCGUGCUGUACCUGGACCUCAUUCUAGCCACCCUGGCCGUGGAGCUGGUCUGUUCCCUGACGUGCCUGCUCGUGUACACAGUGAAAAUUCGAAAAUUUAAUAAAGCCAAGCCACAGCCUGAUGUACUUGAAGAAGAAAAAAUCUAUGCUUACCCCAGCAAUAUUACCUCGGAGACUGGAUUCAGGACUCUCUCAAGCCUGGAAGAGAUUGUGGAGAAGCAGGGAGACAUCAUAGUGUAUCUGAAGCGGCACAAUGCCCUGCUCAGCCAGCGUCUGCUGGCCUUCACGUCCUCUGACCUCAGCUCUCAGCCAAGUGGGAUUUGACAGCAAUUCCAGAGGAGCCAGAGUAAUUUAGACUGACCGGCUACCUGACAAGCUGUCUUAGGGAAAUGCAGCUUUGCCAAGUAACAUUCUACGAUUUCUGUUGGAAACCUGAAUUUGGUUCUCACCUGUGUGGCUGUUUAAUAAGUAGGACUCGUGGAUCAUUUGAAAGACACUUUGUAGCGCCUUGCGAACUCAAGGGGAAUGUCUGUUUUGCACAUUUUGAAAUUAUUUAACUGCCUGGUUUAUUCUAGGAUCAAAGGUAUAGAUUAAACAUCUCCUUGACCAACACUUCUUCCAUACUCAUUGGGACCGGGUAAUAAUUUGGCUUUUUACAGAGGAAGUCUGAAAUAACAACCUAUAUUUAAAACUGGGCUUGAGUUUUUCCCACUAUACUGGUGAGAGAAGUCAUCAUUUCUCAUGGUUAGUGUUUUUUCCCAUGGAGCCUUACGUAUUUUAUAUGCUUGUUUGGUAUUGGAUGGCCUUGGCCCUUAUAGCUUUUAUAAGAAUUUUGUCACUGUAGGACCAAGGUCUCACUGGAUGAUUUACUUUGCAGCCCCUACAGGUUUCCAUUCUCCAGAAAUAAGAUUUGAAGAUUACUUGGACCAGCAUUAGACCAACCAGUGCUGCCUGUGAAAGCAGGAGCGCCUGCCAUUGGCAGCAGCUGAAAUAGUUAGAGAAGACUUCGGGCUUUCUCUUUAUUUUGGCCCUUCUUUGAGAGGUAGCCAUGUAUUUCAGUAUUGACUGUCUUUGGAUCAAUAAGUUCAGUUAUAGGAAAGGGGUCUUCUAUAGCUUUAAGUUUGAAAGAAAAAAAGAAUAUGUUUUUUAGUCUUGGAUUAUACUUAAAAAUUAUGAUGGAAAAAAUGUCAUAUCAACUUAUAUAUAGAUAUUAAACAUAUCUAAUUCUCCAGAUAAAAUGAAGCAUAUUUAUGAGUAAAUGGCAUUUUUUCUCCAGUUUUCCUAGCAUGCCCUUUUCAUGUAUCAGUUUGCUUUUGGCACCUUUACAUGCUGCCUCAGAAAGCCUUCUGUGUGAAAGCUUAACAUGAGGGAAGGGGAUAUGUGUGAUUAUGUAUGCUGCUAAAUUUUUUUUUAUUUAGCUGAAUAAUCAAUAUUUGAUGUAAAAAUCCUUGAGCUAUACAUAACUAUUUGGCAAGGGAUGUGUUCAUUGGGUCAUACCAUACAUAUGAAGGGCAAACAUCUGUUUCCUUUAGAUACAGCCAUUGCGGAGCAUUCUCAAGGUUUUCUGCUGAGGUCAAGGUGAUUGUGUGUCACCUGUAGUCAAUACCAUUGAGUCCCCAAAUUGAAAACAUUCACAAACUAAAGCCAAAAUUGUAUUUUUAAAGUUAAGAUUGUAUCCAAGUUUCCUGACUUCUCCUUCCUCUCUUUUUUUCUUUUUUCCUUCCUUUUUAAUAUGUCUCAAAGCCAUUGCCUUCUGUGGAAACCUGUCUCUAUGUUCUGGAAGAGCUUUUGCCUUUAGCUGUUUUCCUUAGGGAAAAUACAUGUGGUAGAUGAUUAAUUCUCUUUACUUUUAAAUUCAUUUUGGAUCUACAGUCAGUUUCUAAGGUUUAUGUGAUGAACAUUGGUUUACAGAGAAAGGUAUAGUUAAAAAGUUAGAAUACUCAAGUUCUGAUGGGCUGUCUGUAUAAUCACCAACAUUCUUUUCUAAACUCAAUACUGAACAUUUCAAACAAUAAAAGAAAAUGAAAGAAAGGAAUGAACAAAACAAUUUAAAUGUUAGUCAUUUUGCGCACCAAGUAGAUACUGUGCUAGCACCAUGGAUACAAAAAUUAAUAAGACAGUCCUAGCUUGUAGCUUACAUUCUAAGGAGAGGACUAGGAUUUCCAGGCUCAGUGCGAAGUGAAAUGAUGACAGUAAGCCCAAAGUGCCAUAGGGGCUCCAGGUCAGAGAGUUUCCUGGGGGGAAAGGCUUUGGGUAUUCCAGGGAAAUUUAUGAGUAAACAAGAAGGUCGAACAGCUACAGAUGAUCAUCUGCACUGUGUAUAGCUUGAGCCCAAAGGGUGAUGCUGGACAUGGGAGGAAGAACGACCAGUGGCAGAUUCUGGGGACCCUAACGCUCUCUAGGCCAAGGGACCUGCAGUGGAAUGGGGCCCACUGAAGGGUUCCAGGCAAGGAAGUGGCAGUCGGUUUUAGUUUCAGAAGGAUCAGACUGCCAGUGUGGUGUAGGAAAGUGGGUGGCAGAGUGUAUAUGGCGCUGAACUAGGGCAGGUAAAGUAACAUUUUAUCAUGGGUAUAUAUGUAUAUAUCUGUAUUGUAUUUCUAUAUUGUUAAUUUGGGGAUUUUAUUUCAAAUGACAGCAUCAUGACUUACUGCAUUUCUUUGAAUACUAAUGAAUUAGAGCUUUUUUCCUGUAUUCUUUGGCCUUUUACAAAUCUUUUGUGAUGUACAUGUAUAAGUCUUUUGCUUAUUAUUCUCCUGGGAUAUUCUUUUUCUAGCAAACAUCUUCCUUUAUAUAUAAGGAUAGUCUUCAGUUUAUAUUUGUUGGAAAUAUUUUCUAGCUUGUUUUGGGUUCUUUUGCCAUGUUCUUCUGCAGCCUGGAUUCUGUCCCCGUAGCACUGGUGGAAAGUUCACACAAAUGAAUUCCUAAAGCCACAUCGGGUGAGAGCCAGCAGUGUUUGAAGAAAUUUUAAUAUACCCAUGCUUGGGAAUUCCCUGGCUGUCCAGUGGUUAGGACUCCGUGCUUUCCCUGCUGAGGGCUCAGGUUUGAUUCCUGGUCAGGGAACUAAGAUCCCACAAGCUUCGCAGUACAGCCAAAAAUACACAAGCGCGCGCGUGCGCACACACACACGUGCACGCGCACGUGCACGCACACACACACACACACACCCCACACCCCCAGGCUUCUGCUGGAGGCCGUUUUUCUUCACAUGAAUUAAUUCUUUUUCCUUUUUUCUCUAAGGCAGGGUUCUCUAACCUUGGCACUAUGGACAUUUUGAGUUUGUAUAAUCUUUGUUAUGGUGACUGUCCUGUGUGUUGUAGGAUAUUUAGCGGUAUUUCUGACUGCUAGGAUGCCUGUAGCAACCUCCAGUUCUGACAACUAAAAAUGUCUCCAUACACAGGCAUUUCAUUUCAUUUAAUACUUAACAUUUAGUUGAGAGCCUGUGUGCACCAGUGAACAGGGGUCAGUCAGACAGAGGUGGUUUCUAUUCUCAUGGAAGCUACAUUCUCAUGGUGAGGUUGGGGCAUGAUGGGGUGAGGAAGUGAACACAGCAGACAGACAAGCCAGUAUUGGGAUUGAAAAAUACAAUUCUUCUGUAAAUUAGGCCUCGUGGAGAUUCUGAUGUUAAUAUGACUUAUGGAAAGAAUUUAGCUUCCAUGUUCUGCAACCAUUCAGAAAACUGAAUGGCAAACAAAAUGAACUUUACGUCCCCUCCCCAUCCUUUUUACAAGAAGACACUGUUAUUUGGUAAUCUCACAAACUGAUCAGAGAUGCUCUUGUGAGCCUUGAAUACAAAACUCCCAUUUGUUAGCCUCUUGAAUUCUUCAGGAAACAAACCUUGAAUAUAUGCCAAUCACAAGUCACAAAAAUUUCAAAACAUUUCCUAGGUUUCCUAAGGAAGGUUGUUUAUUUGUAAACCACGUAAGCCUGUCUCUAAUUCUUCCCCUCCCAGCCUCUCUAGUCUGGCCCAGCUUUUCGUCCUGCUGUUCCACUGGAACUUCUUAUCAAGGCCAAGGGUAGGAUACCUCUUACCAGGGCUGAGUGCCCUCCUCAGCCUGCCUGCACCCUUCCUCUCAGUUGCCCACUCCCUCCUUGAUUGAUUUUCUUUACUCUGGCUUCCAGGACACUGCAGCCUCCUGGCUUUCUUCCAGCCACACUGGCUUCCUGUCCUGUCUCCUUUGCAGGCUCCUUUUCUUGGUGUUCGUGUCUCCUGGGCCUCUUCUCUCUCCAUAGGCACUCGCUCUUGCUGACCUCAUGGCUAUAGCGCAGUGUACAAGCUGGCCACUUCCAGAUGUGUCCUCCCUGACCUCCAAACGUGUAUACCCUGCUUCUCUUCUAGAUCUCCACUGCAAUGACUGAAAGGCAUUUUGCAAAGCCGAGCUCUCCUCCAUAGCCUUCUCUAUUUCCACGGGGGUCGCUGGCUUUUCCUUUACAAUAGAGUCAGACUCCAUCACCUUCACAUGGAUUGUUGCAAUAGUCUCUUAAGUGGUCUUUCAGAUUCUAACCACCACUCUCCCCCCACCCCUACCCCCCCCACCCCCAACAAGCAUCAGUGUUUAGUGUAGCUGCCAAAGAGAUCUUUCUAAAACACACUUGACAAACCGUGUUACUCUGAGGUUUCCCUAGUCAGUAAAAUCCCAAGUCCCUGGCAGUGACCUCCAGGGCUCUAGAAAAUCAGCUCCCACCCACCUCACCUCUUCCUGCUCCUUCACUUUCUCUGUUCCAGUCACGUUGUUUCUGGAUUCUGAGACACGUCCCCACCUCAGGACCUUGCACCCCUGUUCCCUCAGCCUGAAAUGAUCAAUUCCUAUGUAACUUUACCUCCUUCAAUUCUUUAUUCAUGUCUCUUUCUCAGUGAGACUUCCUCCCCACUCAGCCCCUUCUAUCUCCCUUACCUUAGGGCUUCAGAAUAUGUCAUCUCAAAAUACGUCACCUUGGCAUUAUUGGUUAUUUUGAACUAAAGUUUCUUGAGAAACAUCCACUACAAGAAGUAAACUCUUGGAACUUCCCUGGCAGUCUAGUGGUUAAGACUGUGCUUCCACUGCAGGGGGCAUGGGUUCGAACACUGGUCGGGGAAUUAGGAUCCCACAUGCCCUGCAGCAUGGCCAAAACAAAACAAAACAAAAAAAACCCAAACAACAACAACAGGAAAACCCUACCACUCAAAAAACAAAAAACAGAAGUAAACUCUUACCCUUCUUUUUCCCUGAGAAAUCAGGAGAUAAAUCUGCCAUGUGAAAGGUGCCCUCCCCAGUGAAACUGAGCAGGACCCGGCAGGGCUCUCCUGGGUACAAAAGCCCCUCUAUGUCUCUGUUUCUUGUUUGUUUGUAGAAAAGGGCUUUAAUCUCCUAGGCCUUCUCUGAGUUCCAAAGAGCAGGCACAAGCAGUUACUAAUUAGAGGAGUGAGGGAAUGCAGACACAAAGGAAAAGCAGUCAAGAAACAAUACUGCAGAGAUAAAAAGAGUCCUGCUUCCUCCUCAAGUGCUAUACAUAGCAAUCUGAUGCAUAUCUUUGAGUUGUUCUGCAGGAACUAAGACCCCACUCAGGUGGAGGAUGGUGACUACAAGCUGACCACAAGCACGUAGACCGCAGACUGGUUGGAACCAGAAGGUUGAUGAUUAAGGUUCCUGGAACACCACCUGGUUACCUCACCACCAAACAAUCAGAAGGAGGUCAUGUACCCUGCAACUCUCACCCUAAUUGUUGCCUUUAAAAGCCUUUCCCUGAAAGCCAUCUGGGAGUUUUGGGUCUUUUGAGCAUGAGCUGCCCAUUCCUCUUACUUGGGCCCUGAAAUAAAUGCUGUACUUUCUUCACCACAACCUGGUGUCAGUAGACUGGCUUUGCAGCAUGGUGGGUGAGUGGACCCAG